AUGGCAUGCUUGAAUUUCCCCUGCCGCUUCAAUCUGCAUCAACCUACCCGAUCUCAACCAAGUCUAGAAGUGCUUGGACGCACGACUGCAAGAUGCGUUUCAAGUUCUUCUGGCCCUGCCUUAAGAGCUGAAGUGUUUUUUUGUUUGCUAGCUGUGGGGAGCAGUUCCCGGCAUUCCUGGCCGAAAACCAGGAAAGCUGCUGCAUCAUCGUUUGGCAACCGCAGAGAUUGUCUUGCACGUUCACUACUGGCUGCUCUGCAACCCACCGCUGCCAAUUCUGCGCCCCGGACAGCAGCUGCGAUUUUAUUUGAAGCUGGCAAGCGCUUCAAGGAUUUGUCCUGGUGGGUGCUUGGCCCCGAAUUCCUGAAGGAUUUGGAAGAGACAGAGUUCGGGAUACUUCGGCGAUUGCGGCAAGUUGCGGACCAAGAAGUCCUGCCCGGAGUUGAAUUCCAUUGCCAGGCUGAAGGACCAAAAGGGUUGCGGAAUGGAAUAUAUUCAUUCCUUCGGAAAUUGGGCCAUCCUGAGGACUCAGCUGUGGUGCUUCUCGACGAAGCUUACCCCUCGGUCCCAAUUGGUGGGCGCUUCGUGUCCAAACUGUUGCCGGAUGCCAGAACAUUGCCAGCCCGUCGUGUGGUGUUCUUUCUGGGUUGCCCCCGCGCAGUCACUUCGGUCCAAGAGACAGCCAUCGCAUGGGCAGCUGAAAAAGCAAACUGGCAACUCCUUCGUUUCAGCCUGGGCUCGAUCAGCGAAUUUACCUCCAAGAUUGUCAGUCGCCUGAAGUUGUUGCAUGCAUGCCAUAAGCUCCUGCCAAUUCUUGGCGGGCUCCUUUGCCAAGAGAGGGGAACUGCUACAUGGUGCUCUCAACAAUGCGGCCUUACGCAGGACAGCUUCUCCUGGCCAUCUCCCAAGAGAAUUGACAGAUUUGAACCAGGCAUAGGGCCGCACCUCCACUUUAUUGUGCAUGUCCCAUUGGAGCUGAAGGAUAUGAAGAUCAGCACUUGGUCACCUUCGCACUCGCGUGUUGCCCGAUGUUGUUUGGCAGCUCUUUGGCGUGCGCAUGGUGCCUACUACCGGUGCAUGGUCUCCUUCAUUUUUGAAGACAAAUCAAGACCUGGAGGACUAGCGGUUGCCACAGUUUCCCGGAAGUUUGCCGGCCGCUUCAUGGGAAAGGCAGCCACGGAGCACAGUGUUCUGACAGCCCUAUGCGGUGCUAUCGAUGACGCCAAGAAAAGACCUCUUCACAAGCAAAAGCCAUGGAAGCGGGCUGUAUGUGUCCAACAGCUGCAGGAAGGUUCUCAGUGGGGCGAAGAGGUCCUCGCACAUCCCAAGGAUUCCGUGGUCGAGCUGAUGGUCUGGACCAACAAAGGGAACUGCUUUGAUGAAUGGAGUGGUGGUGCUCUUUCUUUGGCAAGCGCAGGUGCUGGCAUAGAUGUUGUGGUUGUUCACAUUGCUGAUGCUGAAGACCAACUUCCUAUUUGUCCCAAAACGGUGCAUGCAGCACUUCGGCCUGACUUGGUGGCGACCAGCAGCGCGGAAGUGGUGUGCAUUCUUCAGAGUGCUUUGCUGGACCCGGGCGCGGCUGGCCAAGCCCUUCUCACAAUGCUCUUGACUUCCUGA